AUGUUCAGCCGCCAGGUGCUCCUGAUCGGUCUCUUGGCUUGCGCCAGAGCGAUAGCUCAAGAGAUCACUACCACAUCGAUUGCGAGUGUCUUUCUGCCAAAUGCCGACCAAUUCGCGUCUGGUGUCAUGGGCUCAAUUGUUUCCGCCGACGUUAAUAAGACGGCUGUUGUUCUUGGGUGCCCGCCCCAUUCAGACACUGACUUUUGCCAAUAUAUGUAUAGUGACACUGUCACAUAUGGUCCUACAACAUUCAGCUACGAUGCGCCGCUCUCCACAACGUCAUAUAAUCGAGCCUGUUCACUUGAUCCGGAGGCCGAUAUUGCCUACUGCACAGAAGAAAGGAUCUCCGGAUCCCCUGGAGAGGCGCAAUCAACACGCUACACAGUGACGACUUCGAACUUUGGCGAUCUGCGUACUAACGUCACCGUUACAGCUGGUUUCGAGAAACUCGAGCCAUCCCCGACCACUUCCCACCAAACGCCGACAAAUCUUAGGACAACAGGUGGAGACGACUAG